UUUUAUUGUUUCUAGUGCAUAAUCCACGUUGUCCAAACUCAAAAUUACUUUUACAAAUCUGAGAAAUACUGUAAUACCGUAACUAUUUCAUAAGACUAAAUUGACGACAGCGCCGCCUGUGAUAUUUUUCAUUACUUAAAAAUCUGUGAGUGACGGCAGCUUAGUUACUAAUCCUUGUUGUGUUUCAUAUUAUUUUAAAUAUUUUAUUCAUGACAAAUGAGUAUAAAGUGAAAACAAGCUGUCGACAUAUCACUUAAAAUGGCGGACCUACUUCAGUUAUGAAUUGUUGCAGUAGUUUAUUUCUAUCAGCCUCAUUACAUUCUAUCAACAACUAUGUAAAUCAGUGUCCAAUAUAUAUGAAUAAAUUUUGUUUGCCGCCAUGGCUCCCAGUAAAAAAGGGGCCAAGAAGCAGACUUUGAUCCAGACAUAUUUGAACACAUACAAUCAACAAAACGAAGCAACUACUGCCGUCAUAGCAGUUAAUGGGAAUGAAGAAGAGGCUGACGCAGGAGUGACUUAUUUUGUGGAUGAGGAUGGUCACUAUUAUUAUCAGUCAUCUGGAGAUGGCCAAAAUAUUGUAUCAUUGCCUACUGAAGUUGCUGAAGAAAAUGAGGAGAUAGCAGAAGACAGUCAUAUGAUGGUUGACGGGGAGUCUUAUCAAACCGUUACACUGGUACCUUCCGAUACUGGUAACGGUGAAGUCAGCUAUGUACUGGUGGUACAAGAUGAAACCAAACCAGUUCUUAAUAUCAAAGUCGAUCAGCAGGAAGAAAAAACUGAUGAUGUGUACAAUUUUGAAGACGAAGAAGCAGAAGAAGGAGCUGAAAAUGUGGAAGAGAAGAAUGUGUUGAAAACCAGCACUGCACCUGCACCUACAAAAAGGGGAUAUUUUAGGCAACAUUUUACAUGCCACUUCUGUUCAUACACAAGUUAUAGAAGGUACCUACUUCUAAGGCACAUGAAGUCUCACUCUGAGGAAAGGCCACACAAGUGUUCAGUGUGUGAGCGAGGUUUCAAAACCAUCACAUCCUUGCAGAACCAUGUUAAUAUGCAUAACGGUGUGAAACCACAUGUCUGCAAGUACUGUAACAGCCCCUUUACAACUUCUGGUGAACUAGUGAGACAUAUAAGAUACAAGCACACUCAUGAAAAACCACACAAAUGCACUGAAUGUGAUUACGCUUCUGUGGAGCUGUCGAAGUUAAGACGACACGUCCGCUGCCACACUGGCGAGCGUCCGUAUCAGUGUCCACACUGCACCUAUGCAUCUCCCGAUACUUUCAAGCUGAAACGUCAUUUGCGGACUCACACUGGAGAGAAACCGUACAAAUGUGAUCUUUGCCACAUGUGCUUUACGCAGUCGAAUUCGUUAAAGGCACACAAGCUCAUUCAUAAUGUGGCGGAGAAACCAGUGUAUGCUUGUGAGCUGUGCCCAGCGAAAUGCGGUCGCAAAACUGAUUUGCGUAUUCAUGUGCAAAAACUGCAUACAUCAGACAAGCCACUGAAGUGUAAGAGAUGUGGAAAAUCGUUCCCAGACAGAUAUUCAUGCAAAGUACAUAAUAAGACUCAUGAAGGUGAGAAGUGUUUCAAAUGCGAGCUCUGUCCUUACGCGUCGACAACCCUACGGCACCUGCGGUCGCACAUGCUGAAGCAUACUGAUGAGAAACCCUUCGCUUGUGAUCAGUGUGACCAGUGCUUCAGACAAAAGCAGCUACUUCGACGUCAUCAGAACUUGUAUCACAACCCCAACUACUCGCCCAAGCCGCCCAAAGAGAAGACGCACACUUGUCACGAGUGCAAACGUACCUUCGCCCACAAGGGCAACCUCAUCCGCCAUCUGGCUAUCCACGACCCUGACUCCGGACACCAUGAAAGAGCUCUGGCCCUCAAACUCGGCAGACAAAAGAAAAUCAAGAAAAUUAUUAAAACCAUCAAGCCGCAGGAUGUGUCAGACAAUGAGGACAAUAUGGACAACAUUAAGUUGAACCUUGAUAGCGAGGAGUUGGUGACUGUGGCCGAUGGUGAUGGACAACAGUACGUGGUAUUGGAGGUUAUUCAGCUGGAGGAUGGCACUGAGCAACAGGUUGCUGUGGUGGCACCCAACUAUACCGAGGAGGACGACCAAGAAGAAUUAGAAGAAGAAGAAGAUGAGGAGGAGGAUGAAGAGGAUGCAGAGGAAAUCACUGACAGGAAGAUUAUACACUACAACAAGGAACAAGAGAAGAAGAAAAUAUUGGACCGCAGUAUUAAACUUGAGAAAGAAGUUGACACCUGUUUUGGAUUUGACGAGGAAGAGGAAGACGAGGAAGUGGAGGAAGAUGACGAAAUGAGUUAUGGCAACGAGGAAGUUGUACUGCGUAUUGUUUGAUUAUUCUAUCAUGUUCACCAAAUAUUAUGGUCACAGGUCAAAUAUAUUUACAAUAAUUGGGUAACCAAACAGGCCCUUAUUAUGAACAUUUGUGGACACGGCCAUCAUUUUGACGUUUGCACUUUUUAAAACACAGCUAAAGUUCAUUUGUCAUCUUGAUAUUUGAACUUUUAAAAUUAUUUUUUUUUAAAGUUGAAAUGACAAGUGUAGGCACUGGUCUAGUUAAUUAGCACCACUAUAAUACAUGUUUAGGUACAUUGUUUGCAUGGCGUAUUUUAUUUACUAAUUACUGUAAUUUAUUUUCUGCUUUGCAAAUGUUUAAUUGUGAUGAUGGUAUCAACAUGUUUCAGUUUUCGUUGUGAUAUUGCGUAAGCUUAUAAAAAUCAAGCAGAACUGCGUAUAAAUUGAUUAUUAUUAAAAUGCUACUAAAAAUCGGCGUAAUUGUGAAAGAACGUAAUUUUUUUCUUAAUUAGAUUUUAUUUUUUAGUUCUAAAUAUGUAUAAUAUGCAAUUUUUUACAACUUGACUUUAUACAUUGCACUCUUGUACAUAUUGCGUCUGUCGUUAGUUCUUAAGUUCUAUGUGAGUACAAGUGCUAAUAAAGAUUGUACCAAAU